GUCCAUUCCGCCAGCCCAGAAGCCCGACCGAGCACGACGAUGAUCUACAACCUCUACAUCUUCAACCGGGCGGGCGCCUGCCUCCUCUACGAGGAGUGGAACCGCAGCAGUGAUGCCAUGACGCUGAGCGACGCCGAGGAAGAGAAGCGGCUCAUGUUCGGUCUCAUCUUCUCGUUGAAGGAGUUUCUCCGCAAGAUGGCACCGACGGCCUCGACGACGUCGUCGCAGUCGCUCAAGACGUUCAAGACGGACACGUACACAUGCCACCACUUGGAGACCGCGUCAGGUCUGCGCUUCAUUUUGACGAGCGACAACAACACGGGCGACCUCCAAGACGUCCUCCAGCACCUUUAUGGCAACCUUUACGUCGAGCUCGUGACCAAGAACCCGGUGCACGACGCCAAGAGCACCAAGCCGAUCAAGUGCAAGCUCUUCCGGCACAGCGUCCGCCACUACAUGGAAUCGCUGCCUUGCUUUCGAUAAGAUGCUCAAUGCACGCCUGCCUCCUCCUGCUUGCCCA